AUGUCCUCACCAAAAACCUCCUGGGAAGAGCGUGUCAAAAGCCACCUCGAGGCAUGGCCCUUGAGUAUGGCAGAAGCAAUCAAUGCCCGCGACUUUGACCAGAAAAAUCCGACCUGGGACAUGCUGGCGCCAGGAUUCAAGAGUGGCCCGUUGGCAGGCACGUCCCAAAUGAUGUUCUCAUCCGCGGCGGAGCACUUGAAAUGGGUUGCUCAAACCUGCGAGCGGUUCCCGGACUGGAAGCUUCACGUGCUGGAUGCCCACGCUCACAUCGAUGGCAAGACCGCAGUUGUCAUGGUCAACACGGCAAGCGAAGGCCGCUUUCCCGGUAUCGCAAAGGAAACCACAGUCUUCAUCGAAUUUCAAGUCGUUGGUGGGCGAUGGCUUGUUACGGCCUUGAAGGGUCUCGGCGACUGGUGGGGGUAG